CGUUUUCUCGGCGCGGAGGAGGGGAACGAAGUGAGGGGGGGUCGUCAGCUUUGGUGUCUGUGUUGGCCAAUUCUGAAAUCUCCUUGAAGGAGCCCUACAUUGAGGAAGAUCAAAGCAGCAGUCUUUGCCAACUGGGGAAUGGACCGUUUGAGUUCCUUUAGCAAUGAUCCCUCUGAUAAGCCACCUUGCCGAGGCUGCUCCUCCUACCUCAUGGAGCCUUAUAUCAAGUGUGCUGAAUGUGGGCCACCUCCUUUUUUCCUGUGCUUACAGUGUUUCACUCGAGGAUUUGAGUACAAGAAACAUCAAAGUGAUCAUACUUACGAAAUAAUGACCUCAGAUUUUCCUGUUCUUGACCCCAGCUGGACUGCUCAAGAAGAAAUGGCCCUUUUAGAAGCUGUGAUGGACUGUGGCUUUGGAAAUUGGCAGGAUGUAGCCAAUCAAAUGUGCACCAAGACCAAGGAGGAGUGUGAGAAGCACUACAUGAAGCAUUUCAUCAAUAACCCUCUAUUUGCAUCCACCCUGCUAAACCUGAAGCAAGCAGAGGAGGCAAAAACUGCUGACACAGCCAUUCCAUUUCACUCUACAGAUGACCCUCCCCGACCUACCUUUGACUCCUUGCUUUCUCGGGACAUGGCAGGAUACAUGCCAGCUCGAGCAGAUUUCAUUGAGGAGUUUGACAAUUAUGCAGAAUGGGACUUGAGAGACAUUGAUUUUGUUGAAGAUGACUCGGACAUUUUACACGCUCUGAAGAUGGCUGUAGUAGAUAUCUAUCAUUCCAGGUUAAAGGAGAGACAAAGGCGAAAAAAAAUUAUAAGAGACCAUGGAUUAAUCAACCUUAGAAAGUUUCAGUUAAUGGAACGGCGGUAUCCCAAGGAAGUCCAAGACCUUUAUGAAACAAUGAGGCGAUUUGCAAGGAUAGUGGGGCCGGUGGAACAUGACAAGUUCAUUGAAAGCCAUGCAUUGGAAUUCGAACUCCGAAGGGAAAUCAAGAGGCUCCAGGAAUACAGGACAGCAGGCAUUACCAAUUUUUGUAGUGCCAGAACCUAUGAUCACCUCAAGAAGACUCGAGAAGAGGAACGCCUCAAACGCACUAUGCUCUCGGAGGUUCUCCAGUACAUCCAGGACAGUAGCGCCUGCCAGCAGUGGCUCCGCCGGCAGGCUGACAUUGAUUCUGGCCUGAGUCCUUCCGUACCAAUGACUUCGAAUUCAGGUAGACGGAGUGCACCGCCCCUGAACCUCACUGGCCUCCCUGGCACCGAGAAGUUGAAUGAAAAAGAAAAGGAGGUAACGAAAGAAGGGGAGCUGGUUAGAAGAAAGAGAGUAGGGGCUGGUUAUUCACUGAGUUGUCAUUAAAAACAUGUUACAGGAUCAAACCCGUUUUGCUCUGUUCACGUCACACACGUGCAUGUACAGCUCUAGUCCAUCCCGGAGGUCUAGCUGCUAAAGAGCUGACCUCAGCCGGUCUCAAGGACUCCUCUCCUUAUCACCCAGCCACCAUUCAUCUCCUGAGAGAACAUACGAGAUGUAAAUCUAAAUAAUAGCAACUAUCAUUUAUUGAGCAUUUACCAUGUACCAGAUACUGUACUGUGCUUUAUGUCAAUGAAUUUAAUUUUUUUCAAACUUAAAAUAACUGGUAUAUGAAAAUGAUUAUUUCCUAUUAGGGUGGGCAUUUUCAGAAGUUCUCCUGUUAUUCCAACAAUAUGACCAUCACUUAAAAGAUUUUUGAAUUGUCUCCAUAGUAUGUGUAUAAGCAUAAAAGAGGAAUUCAUCAUCAUGUAUAAUCACACAUUAAUUUUGAUUAAAAAAAGCCAUGACCUACUUUUCUUUUACACUAUAAUCACCGGAUGUGUCUUCUUCAUAUUACGUUUGGCCGUUUCUAAACUUUAAAUGCAGCCUCAAAAGGGUCAUCAUCAAGCGUUUUCAAAAGAAUGUGCCGCAGCUCUCAAGUCCAUUCCAAGAGAGGAUCCUCUUUUGUUCCUCGUGUGCUCCUUUUACGGUUCCCAAGAUCAGUGUCUUCAUCUGCCACUCCGUAUCAGUAAUUCAGGUCAGACAGUAAGGAAAAGUCUUGGAGUAGGCGCUAGUAUUAGUCUUUUAUUUUACCCAGUAGGAACAGUAAAGAUUAGUUUGGGAGUAGAAGGAGGUGUAUGUUUUAUCCAGGUAUUGCUGAAGAAGUAUUGCCAUUCUGAAUCAAGGGUGGAAUGGCCUGGAGUUUCAAGCAGUUUUUAUCCUUACCCACAAAGUGGUAACCUCAGGCUGUUCAUUUCUGGAUAAUGGCAGGUGAACUGGAAUCGAGCCAGGUUUCUAGAUUUUUAGCAGUUAAAGUGACCUCUUAGCAAGGUCUCUAUAUCUCUUCUCCCUCCAAAGUAGGAAGUGUAAUCACAAAAUCAGGGACUAAAGAUUUAACGCCGAUACUAAAAAUAAUGCGAUUCAUACUUGGGAACCCAAGUAUCAGCAGCCCCACCCGCACGGUGCCCUGUGGCUCCUCCCUGACCGGCCGAGCUGGAAGGUGCCGGGCCUCUACUCCACACCGCUCCUCAGGACACAGACUUGUAUCCCUGACAAACCCAGGUGAGCCAGCCGACAGGUGCUGGAGCUCUCCCGGCAUCACACUCUGCCUUUUUCUGUCUGUCUUUAGAGAGUAUUCUCUCCAAAGAAAAGACAAACUGGAAUGUGAUCUAGCCACCAGCAGCUCCUAUAAAUAGUUGGAGGUUGAUGUCACUCUUUAAAUUUUAUUUUGGCUAUACCUGCUGGAUUAAAUUAUGAGAAUGACAGAUGUUAAUG